AUGGCAUCUGGAUCUCAUGGAUUUAGAAGUACUGAAAUUAUUGUAAAUGCAGAUGAUGGGUUUUACUCGGAUAUUAGGGACCGGGGCAUUGUUUCUUGUCUUUCAACAGUAGAUCGUGGAGUAUCGGAUGUUUCAGUUCUAAUGAAUGGUGCAGUUGCGAAAAGUUUGCUUUCCUGUCCAGACCAUAAAAGACCACAGAUGUCCUCACUGUUCUCACAUAUCUCACGGAAUAGACACAUCCCAGGUCUACAUUUUAACUUGACUGAAGGAAAACCGUUAUCCAAGCCGAAGUUUGUACGAAGCUUACUGAAUGAUCAUGGUUAUUUCCUUGGUAAGCAUGGAUUUCGAAGGAAGUUGGUGUUCUCUGGCAUUCACAUGAAUGAAGUUGCAGUUGAACUGGAAUCACAAAUAAAUGCAUUUCGAGAUGUUUUUGGAACUAUUCCCAGUCAUUUCGAUGGUCAUCAACAUGUUCAUGUUUUGCCAGAGAUUGACCUGGUCGUAGCUAGAGUUAUCUCUCGACUUGGGAUUAAAUGGAUUCGUGUUCCCAUUGAAUAUAUUCCAGAAACAUCCUGUUGUAUUACUGAAUCUGAAAUAAAUUUCUAUAGGGAAGUAUCUGAUCAAGCGAUGAAAGCAAAGGAAAUAUUUUCAUCCUAUAGUUUAAAAUAUACUCAAAAAUUUAUUGGAAUGGCGCUGAUGGGAAAAAAUCAAACAAUGGAAUCAUUGGAUCAGUCUUUAUCAUCUUUUGAAAAUUGUAAGAAUGUGGAAUUUAUGGUUCAUCCUGGUUAUAGAACAAUAAAACAUACCAAUGAAUCUAAUAAUCUUGAAGGCUGUGGAGAUCCUGAUGGUCCUGAUUUAUUUUCACAGUCAAGUGAUCGAGAACAUGAAAUGUUUUUUCUUACAAGUGAUGAAUUUAAAGACUAUUUAAUGGUACAUAACUAUGAACUUUUGAAAUUUUCCGACUUAUCAUAA